CGAGAUCUCUUCGCCACCACAACCCGCCGUGUCAACUCUCGUUGAAACACCACCGAUUAAACGUGUCUCUUAAAUCUAAUUCCCAAAACGCUACCGUUUUGGCCUUCCUUUCUAAGUAUGGGUGAUAGCGAUUCAGGUUGCAAGAAGCGUGUCCGAGAUGACUCGGACGACUCGGUUCUGGAAUCGCCCGAGGCAAAGCGACUCAGGGACGAUUUACUCGAGUUCUUCGACGACGCCGACGAUGCGCCGUCCACUCAGGACCUUGACUCCGUCAUGAAGAGUCUGCAGGAGGAGAUCUCCGGCGUGACGUCAGAUUCCGGCGAGUCUCAGGCGCAGAUCGGAUACCUCCUGGAGGCUUCCGACGACGAGCUAGGGCUUCCUCCAGCCGGAAACUCGUCGGUGCCGGAGAAGAAAAACGAGGAGAAUGAGUUGAUCCGAGUGGCGUCUGACUCGUCAGGAAUCGGCGAGUUGUGGGAGUUUGAGGACCAUAGUUCAAGAUACGAUUCGUUUGAUUUGGGAAUGGGAUUCGGUUACGAGUGCGAUACUGCUACGGAAUACGCUGCGUUUGAGAAACUUUUCGAUCAUUCGGAUGUGUAUUAUGAUUCCACUGAUUUUUCUGAUACAUGGCGGCAUGAGACGUUGCCCACACAAUAGAUAUUUAAUUAAAAGGAAAAAGAAAAAAGAUAAAAAGAUAAAAGUAUUAGAGAUGUACAUAUUUUUCACUGUUUUUUGUUCCCUUUUUUCUUGAUGAAGGGAAUUACAGAAGAAGUUUAGGAUAACAGAUGCAAAGGAAAUUGCUUAGUUAUAUUUCUAAUACUUUAUGAAGGGAGUAAAUUACUGGAAUAUUCACUAUAUUAAAAUCUAGAGUCUGAAUUGCACGUCUAAUCUAAUUAUCCAAGAGAUUUUUUGAAAUAAAAUGUUGAUUUGGUUUUGCAAUUA